AUGUUGACUAAACUUCUCGUUUGUCUAUGUUUCGGGACCAAUGUGCUUGCAGACAUCCUCGAAACUUCUAGCAAUUCUGCCUUGAUUUCUGCUCUGAAUACACCAGAGAGACUGACUGAAAAACUCUGUGACA